CACCGAUCUGAUCGAGGAAAAGCAGUCCGACCAGACUUCGAAACUGCGUAUGGGAUGGAGAUGUUUUUUGUCGUAGGUUUUGUGUAGCAUCCUUUGCAUGAGAGCCCCGUUCUGUCAUGCGCGCGUUCCAGCACACUACUCUGCAACGGAUGUUAAAAGCCCUCAACCUGCUCGCAGAUUCUUCACUCCCAUACGGCAAAAAAUUGUGGAAGAGAUCAACCAGGCGAUUGAGCAUGUGAAACUGCAGAUGACCAACGAAUUCCAGGAUUGGGGCAGUAACGUCGAGGCGAAGUUCGCCGAGGAAAUCUCGAAGAACCAAAUAUGAAAUGCAAUUCUUCCUGGAUGUCUGGAAACUUGUGAUGCUGGUUGGCGAAGCAAGAGAACGCCAGAAGUGACGGCUCAGCAUGACAGGUUUUUGAGUCGCUAGGUGUUGCCUAUUCUGCAUCAGAAACUUGGUUUUUGCAUGUUGGCACAAAAGUGGCAGUUUUGGGUACCUUGCAUAACAGACUUGACAGUCCUGCUAGCACGGCAUGACAAACCUAGCAUUUUUCCAGACCCAGACAUAUUUGCAAUGCAUACCAAACGGACUUGAGCAAUUCCCUGAAUCAGAACGUGAAGAAACUGCAGAACUCCAUCCAGCAAGUGGAGAAGCACGACCUGCGAUAUCAAAGUGAAAAAAGCGUCCACCCCAUAUCGGAAACGGAAUUUGUGAUGCUGUAUUUGAGUACACAAAUCGACUUGUAUUGCUAGAAGGCCAAGAGACGAAGCUGCGCCCCAAAUUGCAGGCAAUCUGUCAUGCUUUUUUCCACUUCCAGUUGCCUCCUGUCAUCCUGGAGCUGCAAGGCUUCCCCACGCUAGGCAGCACUACAGUCCGCAUCUUUUGCCUUCCAGCAUCACAAAGCUGAUUUGUGACCACAAAUCUGCAUCACAGAUUUGCGUUUUGAUAUGGGGAGGGGGCAUGUUUCACUGUAAUAUGCGAAAUUUGGAAAAGGCGAGCAAGGAACAAGGUUUGAAACUCGAAGCGAUCGAUUCAAAAUUGGAACAACAAUUCCUGAACAAGGUGAAACAGAUGGAAAAGCGGCAAUCUUCCACGGAAAAAGCGGUCGAGAUCGCGGUUUCCCAGGAUAUCGCCCACUUGAACAGCAACUUACAAGAAAUGAACACUUAUCAAAUGCAAAUAUCGAUCUGGGUCUGGAAACUUGUAAUGCUGCGUUGAGAGUAGUGAAUGCUCUGUAAUGCACAGCCAAGCAUGAGAAAUAUCUGCGCUUCUUUGUGUUGCGUUUUUCGCAUGACAAGCUGCGUUUUAUUUGCAUGACAGGCAAGGGCGUCUCUUCUUGGACACGCAUCACAAACUUCGUGGUCAUGCCAGACAAGCAUGACAAAUCUCGCAGUCUUCCAGACCCAGACAUUUUCGCAUUUGAUAACACCAAGGUGCGAAAAUUUGUCGACGACCAACUGCGGCUCUUCAAGGAGCAGGAACUGUCUGACAAACUACAGUAUGCGUUACAAAAGCAUCGUACUAAAAAACUGCUAAUUGUAGUUUUGCAUCACAAAUCUAGUUGUUAACGUAAAUCCGCGUUACAAAUUCGUAUGCUGAGCUGCCAAGUUGUAUUGCAGUUUUCAUUAGGCUACGAUGCUGUUGCAAUGCAUAUCCAGUCUCUGGCCGCGAAGUGCGAAAAACUGGAAAUGAACGUCAUCCCGGAGGUGUUUGGAAAAUUUUCCGAGCAGAUUUUAUGACAGUGCACAACUCCCCCUCGUUCUCAUUUCUCAUGCAAAAUCCCAAAGCCAGUUGUUCCCUUGUAACACUGUUAUGCAUGACAAAUUCCGGGAGCCCAAUCAGGACUACAUAAGGUAAGUACUUAGAUUCCGAUUUGUCAUGCAUAGGCUCCAUGUGCGCUGGUGUUUGUAUUGCUGUUCAUGCCAUACAAAUGAGGGGGAGGGGGAUUUGUGCACUUCUAGAGAUUUUUGAGAAAAUCGAAAAGACAAACACGGAACUGGAAACUAUCCUGUGUAAAAACGUCCCCACACCAGAGUUGUCAUGCAGAUUUGCCAUGACAGGAACAUUUGUGAUGCGCAACCCCAUGACAGACAUUUUCAAUCAUGUUUGGGAACUUGUAAUGCUGUAAACAGGACCAGCAGAUCGAUUUGUGAUGCGGCUUUCCUUGCUAACUUGCACUACCUUACGGACUGAAACUUGUCAUGCGUGACUCCCAAAGCCCCUAGGUUUGUGUUGCAAAAUCCCCAUCUUGACUCUGGUGUGGGGACGUUUUUAAUCAGGAUAGAAACCAAAUUUGAAGAUAGCAGCAAGAAACAGGGCACCAAGCAGGAGAAGGGGGAUAGCAAACUGUUGCAACUCACCGCGAAGCUGACGGAGGUGGAGACCCGGUUGGGCGCGCAGAUGGAGGGGCUGGAGAAGCAGUUCGUAUCCGCGAGCGUGAAUGGACAACUUCAUGGGAUGAACAGUAAUCCUGCUGCGAUGGUGCACAUGAUGAACACUUCUUCUAAUCCGGGCGGCGUUUUAAUGCAGCACUCGCAGCACCAGCAACUAAUGCCACAACCGACCAACAUGCAGCUACAGCAACCGAUCAACAACGCCGGCACGACCCCCACCCGGCAGAGGAAUCCGGGAUUUGUGGUGGAGUCGCCGGUAACGGGGACAGCUGGAAACAACCAGCAGCACGCGAUGUUUUUGCAGCAACCGAUGAUGGGUGCUUCUUCGUCCGCCCAGCAGGCCGUCGGGUAGUUAAGUAGUUACUCAUACCUAAGAAGCUGUUUACUGCUUCCUUUCUGGUCGUGUGAUGCGGGGCAUGAUGCGUAGCAAGUACAUCAACCCUCGUCUCAUGUUGUUCACUGCUCUCUUGCUCGCUGCGUGGACGAGGUAGGAGAAGUUACUGCUUGUCGGUCAAACCGAUUGCGCGAACUAAUUCAUCCCAGGUACUCGCAACCACAGUCACCGAGCGUGAUGCAGCACCAGCAAUUUCAACAGUUACAGCAGCAGUACCAGCCAGGUUUUGUCGCGAUGAAUCCCAACGCGCCGGUGUCCAUGUUCAAGAACGAUGCUGGUAUGAACAAUAACCCGACCCAGACCACCGCGGCGCCGACUAUAACCCGCUCAGGUGUUACAAUCUCAAACGUUACACUAGAAUCUGGAAUCUGUCUUGCAUAAUGAGCAUGACAGACUCGCAAAGUGUUCGACUUUGUGCAAUACAAAUGUCGCCAGAGUUGUGUAGCGCGGUUUGGGACCACGCCGGAACGUGUCAUGCGCAGUCCUAUGGGAGUAGGCUAGAUCAUGCACUUCUUGCAUCACAGAUGGCCAUAUUCUACUGCAACGUUUGAGAUAGUAACAUCUGAGCAAGGCAUACCAACAAGUUUGAGCUUCUUGCUCUCCUCUGAGCAGCGGAGCUCGACCAACAGCAGCCGCAACGAGAACGGGGUGGAUUAAGAAGUACUUACACUCGACGGCGGGGCUUCUGUUGUUAAAAACUUGUCAUGCAGACUCGGCACCACGUCGAGGUCCAGCCGACCACCCGACGGGGGUUAGUACUGCUUUUUACGUAAAGAAGAAAAGAAGAUCUACACAGCAGAAGUUUAUUUGCAUGGAACACUGACAGUAACUAUCUGUAACUGUAUUGUGAGAAAAAUUAUGAGUACAACAUUGUCAGCAUCGAAAUGCAAUGGAGCCACGGCGCUCCUCCGACAUGGUUAAAGUAGAAGUUGAAAAGAACUACAGCUUGUUGAGUAAAAGUGAACGAUGUGUACAUAAACGACUGAAAGUUUUGUUUUUGAGAUUUCCAUACGAAGUGUUAGUUACAUACCCAAUGUUCGCGCUUUUGAUGAGUUUGAUUGGCAGCUGCAUAAUUCUCGUUGAAAAAUGCCAAAAGUUUCAGUAUCACCUUGAAGAGUAGUACUACAUAGGAAAGUUUAUAAAAGAAAAAUCUUGGGCAGAAACAAUUCGACUUGGACACUCAACCAUGAACAAAGAUAAAGGAUCGAAAUCAGCACAGCUUUUGUUGCUUUUGAAGCCUUGGCA